AUGUUUGAAACAUACAAAAGAGAAAAUAUCAAACAUAUUUGUAUCUUCUUAAUUCUCUAUGUGGCCACAAUGCUCAUCAAACACAUAACUUCUCCUUUGUCGUUGUCAUUAUUCGUGUUCUUAGUGUUUACAACUACAAAUGCAAUGCUUAUCAAAGACAUGUACGCACUUUGUAAAGAGACAAAAGAUGUAAAUUUCUGCUUGAAAUACAUUGGAACAGACACACGUAUACUAGACGCAAAUGGCUUUUAUGACGUUCUUGUGAUUGCGAUUUCUAAAUGCCAAGACCAAGUGACCAAUGCAGCCAGACAAAUCAACAAAGUCCGCCAGAAGUUUGAUGGUCCGAUUGGAACUGAACGAAUAAAUUUUUGUCUUGCGAGUUACCAUCUAGCAUCUAAACUUUUCCAAAGAUCUUGGGAACAUGCACAUGAAGACGUGUUUGCAGCAGGUGCUCAAGUUUCUGCAAUGCAAGGUGCAAACUUUAUGCGCGAGUGCGAAGAAGAAUGGAAGAAUGGACCGAUUCAAAAGUCUCCAGUCACUGUCUAUAACACAAAUGUUGUCAAACUAUUAUCUAUUAUUCAAGUUGUUGUCUCUAAGAUUAAUGGUGGCUAG